AUGUCAUGGAAUGAAAAAUGGACAUAUGAUUUCGAUGAUGAAUCAAGAAAAAAAGCUGAACAUCGGGAAUAUCGUCCAGAAAUGAAAAGAGCAUUAGGUUCAACUCCAAAACAAGUUAAUUCAAUUUUUGGUUUACCCGGAACGUACGAUGAUCUUCUCGAUGAAUGGACACAUGUAAACCAUAUCACCGAACGUAAUGAUGUUCUUCAAUGUUUUCAAAAUUUUGCUGAAAUAAAUAAAAUUCAAGUAACAUUCUUUAGUAGUGGUGUUCAUUGUUGUGGUAAGGAAGAAGAUAAAGAUGAUGAAGUUUGCGAAACUGUGCAGGGAGAAGUUUAUCAUCAAAAUGUUGAAAUUGAUCAAGAACAGCAAGAAGCAAAUAAUUUAAAAGUACGAUUCUGGUUAGAAAGUGUUGGGAAAAAAACAGAAGUACCAAAGUUUUCUAGUUAUGAUCUACUUAUUCCCAAUCUGAAAUGA